GUCAAAGUUGAAAGUAAUGACGUUCCAUCGACGAAUCAAAUAUGGAGUCUAUCUUUCACGAGAAACAAGAGGGCUCCCUGUGUGCCCAGCAUUGUCUGAAUAACCUGCUUCAGGGCGAGUACUUCACUCCUGUAGAGCUGUCCUCCAUCGCGCAUCAGUUAGACGAGGAGGAGAGAAUGAGGAUGGCGGAGGGAGGCUUAACAAGUGUGGAAUACAGAACAUUCCUACAGCAGCCUUCUGGAAACAUGGAUGACAGUGGCUUCUUCUCAAUACAAGUCAUCAGUAAUGCUUUAGGGGUAUGGGGCUUGGAGCUGGUCCUCUUCAACAGCCCAGAGUACCAAAGACUGAUGAUCGACCCAAUAAAUGAAAAGGCAUUUAUAUGCAACUACAAGGAACACUGGUUUACAGUACGAAAACUAGGACAACAGUGGUUUAAUCUGAACUCCUUGUUGACGGGUCCAGAGCUGAUUUCAGACACAUAUCUGGCUCUUUUUCUAGCACAGUUACAGCAAGAAGGGUACUCCAUAUUUGUGAUUAGAGGGAACCUUCCGGACUGUGAGGCGGAGCAGAUUCUGCGGCUCAUGAGGGUGGAGCAGCGGCAGCGACCCAAGCUGAUUGGAGAAGAAGCAGCCCAGUCCAGCAGUGGCCAAGCUGCAGCUGACCGGGGUAUGUCAGUGCAACACAUGUUGGAGGUGGGGCAGGGUCUGGAAGAGGGUGUAAUUGACGAAGAUGAGGAGGAAUUGCGGAAGGCCCUGGCCCUGAGUCGACAGGACAUGGAGGUGGAGGACGAAGAGGCUGAUUUACGCAGGGCCAUUCAGCUCAGCAUGCUCGGUGCAGCAGGGAGCAGUCAAGUACCUGAAACCAAAGAUGAGGGGCAAGUCAAGUUGUCGGAGUCCACUGCCAAUGAGAAACUAACUGCUGAAGAGCUGCGUAAGAAGAGACAGGCUUAUUUUGACAGGCAGUCCCCACAGAAUGCACAAGCCCCCACUCCACAACAACAGGACAGCCAAAGCACUGGAGCACUGGCAGGGAGUGCAGGUACAUGGCUGUGGAAUAUAAUGGCUCAAAGAUCUGAACCGCAGACCAUCGUACAACACGAACAAAUUGGGAGAGCGCGACAGUAAGCAGGAUACAGUGGACACAGAGACCAAGCAGAGCCAGUGAGAGAGGCCUAACCAGCAGAAGCCCAAGAUUGACUACUCUCUGCCAUGCCUGUUCUCGCACUGCCACGCCCCCUCUGUGAGGGCCAGCCCUUCCCCCUCUCUGUAUUCAGCCGGACAGACUGCCAACCAGGUCCUGGGUUGGCGUGCAGAUUGUAGAAAGGGACAAGAAAACAAGCAGUAGUACAAUGCUUUAUUUUGCUAUUAUGGUGUGGAGGGAUGGAGGAUCGGAUUCUGUUAGUUAUUCCAAGUCUGCGGUGGCCUUCUAUCACAGCGCCUUCAAUUCCUAUUUAUUUUUUAUUUAUUUAACUGUCAUUCUCUUUUGGGGGAAGGAGGAGCGGAGUGCAAACAGAACCGCCAAAAGAGCUCAUCUCUGUUUCAGAGCCGGGGAGGGCCCAGGGGUGAGGUUGGAGGCCGGAGGAUGAGAGAGAGAUAACGGGGUACAUUCCACCAGCCCCCAUGUCAUGGGAGCAUUCGGGGAUCAAAGGGGUGAUCAGUUAAAACCCCUCGCCUUCCGUUUCGCAGGUUUCCCUGGAAGGCGACUGCCCCCAUGGGGGCUUGAUUUACUCUGAAUUCUGAAAUUCACCAAGGAUCGGGUGGUUAUCCAGAAAUAUGACACGGAGAGUGCUUUCACGUAUACCAUAAGCAUUGAAACGCUCCUCCAUUUUACACUCAGAGAGCAAAUACUGUGGCCAGUGUGAAUGAGGAGCGAGUCGGAGGCAUUCAGAUUCUGGCCCUGUCCUGGAGAGAUGGAUUGACAAACCGUGGCUUACGAUUUCUGGCAUCUGAUUGCAGCGCACAGUUUGUCGGCCCGCACACGAUAACGUGUGCAAAAAAGCAUGGUGCAUUCACAGUAGCUGUUAUUAUUCCGUUUUGGCAGUCCCAUUUUCUAACCCCUUUACUUAUUUUCAAUCAAAACAUUUCUUCAUAGUUACAUGAUUCCGAGUAGCGUGUUCUAAUUUCUGGGAAUUUUUGUUUUGUCGUCUGGAAAUUGUCCUAAUAAUGACAGUGACCCAAUAGCACUUAUUCAGUAUGAAACAAAAUACCUUUCUCAGACAUUUUAUCACAACUGAUGCAUCAGAAGGCAAUUGGCUAGGAUUCAAAUGACAUAUAUGUGUAGACUCCAAAACAAUGGCUCCACCACUUAAGUCACAUUUGAAAUGGCCUUUAUUAUCCUUUAUUACAUGAGAAUAUGUUCAGAAUUGAAGCAUUUAAACUGGCAAAACAUUGUCUGGAAAACCAACAACAUGUACUGUGCUAACCCCUCUUAAAGGAACAGAAGGAUACCAUACUUUAAUAUCUGAAUAAAUAGUCCGUUUACAAAUAGUGUUUACAAUGGAUUGCAAGUUAAACAUUGUAGUUGCAGAAGGUGCCAAUGUAAGUAUCCCGUGGCCAAAUAUGGUAUUACAAAAUGUCGGCAUUGAACGUGAAAUUUGCACGCAUUGUGGGGAGUUUACUUGGGAGCUUUUUUGUUGAGGGUCCAGGUUAAAUUUCGAUUUUAUUUCUGUUUUUCAUGGAUAUCGAUCAGGCAUUAUUGGGACCAUGUUGAAUUUGACACAUAAGGGCUUGAGGGUUUUAUUUUUUUGUAUUUUUUAACAUUCUGUCAUGGGUAUUAAAUGUUUUAUUUUUUUAAAUGUUGUAUUCUACACCACUAAGUGACUAAAUGCUACUGUACAUGUCUGCAUCUGGAAGCUUUCAAUAAAUAAAAUAUCAAUUUCCCUCA